AGGACAUACCGUGCAUGGGCCCAAAUCUCAAUCUUUCUGCCCUCCUGAAUUCUGCGCACCUCUGCAGAUGUGGCGUUCCAUUCGAAUUCGUAGGACCACGUUUUCGGGUCACCACGGCGGUUGGUUACAAGCCGGGGACCGCCGUCGACGUCGACGUCGAGCCGCCCCUCGGUGCAUAUGGUAAACCACAUCCAGGACCUGUUAGACAGCCGGUCAGGACCCGGGAUCCACCCUUGGUCGUGGCUUCGGAUGAGGAGAGAGACGUGCAUGAUCCUGUUGGAUUGUGCCUGAGUUAGGGGUAUGGCGAGUAUGAGAGUGUGAUCGUCGACUGCUAUUCUCCGGCCGCUGGAUUGCGAGAUGGUGGGGAGAUAGUCGGUGUAACUGAAAAUCCUGUCCACGAUACGACUCAGAAGGAUCUGCCUAAGCAAGGACCGCGUGCGAACUACAUCUGCACACGUCGACG